AUGGCAUCCAUUUUCGACUGCUCCGACGCCAGAGCCCGAGCCGCGUGGCGGGCCUGCCUCGCUGCGGCCUUCCGAACAGCUGCUGCUUGCGCCAUAGUAGCCUGCGCCACCCUCUACGGCCCAGCCUCGUUCCGCGGCCUAGUGGGGUUCCCGGCGUUCUCCUACGUCACCGUCAUCCUCAUCGUCACGGAUGCGUCGCUCGGCGACACCCUGCGGGGCUGCUGGCUGGCCCUCUACGCCACGGCCCAGAGCCUCGGCCCGGCCAUGCUUAGCCUCUGGCUGAUCGACCCGUCGCGGCUAACGAGGAGCGUCACCUCCCUGGCGGUGGCUCUCGGCGCCUUUGUAGUGGCGCUGCCGGAGUCCACACACUUGGUCUCCAAGCGCGUAGCUCUUGGACAGAUUGUGAUUGUGUAUGUUAUAGGUUUCAUUAAUGGAGACAAGACUGAGGCCGUCAUGCACACCCUACGCGUGGCUGCCAGCACGGGCGUUGGGGUCUUGGCCUGCGUUUUGGCUUUGUUGCUACCAUUCCCACGUCUGGCUUGUAAAGAGGUGAAAGACAACUCCCACCUAUUCGCUGAGAAUGCUUCAGAGAGACUAAAGCACUUCGUCAAGGCCUUUACUGCAGGGGACAAAAAUUCCGCUCUUGAAUCAAUAUCUCAAGCAAAAGCCAUGGCUGCCACGGGAACCAAACUUCUUCAAACUGUCAAACGCUUCCAAGAAAGCAUGUUGUGGGAGAGGCCUCCAUUGAAAUGCUUAAAACCCCGGUACUGCACUAACCCAGGAGACAGAAUGCAAGAAUUGGAAGUGCCUUUAAGAGGGUUAGAGAUGGCUUUGACGAAUACACGUUCAUUUCCUGUCACAUUCAGUACCCUUAAUGGAGAUCAGCUCAAAGAUGGUCUCCAAAUCACGGUGGAGAAUAACAACACGAUCAACCUUGUCACAGGCAUACAAAACGAUUCAUCAAUUAGUACGGUUCCUGAAUCAACCGAACUAGAUCAACAAACAGCUUUUCUCCAUACCCUUCAAGAUAAUAUGCCACAAACCCACAAGAACUUGCCCUCAUUCUUCUUCCUUUUCUGCGUGAACCUAGUCCUUCCCACAAAAACACCAAUUGUACCACCAACCAAAAGUACAACUGAUCAAGAUCAAGAGCAAAACGACAGUGCGUUUGAUAAGACAAUAUGGACUAGUGUCAUUCCCACCCUAAAAUUGGCGAACAAUCAAAGGCUUAUGUACGCAUUCAAAAGCAGUCUUUCAUUAGGCCUGGCGGUGUUCUUUGGGUUGACCUACAGCAAACCAGAUGGUUACUGGGCCGGACUCCCAGUGGCCAUAAGCCUGUCGGCAGGGAGAGAAGCCACUUUCAGAGUGGCCAACCUUAAGGCCCAAGGCACCGUCUUGGGAACCGUGUACGGCGUACUGGGCUGGUUCCUCUUCGAGAAGUCCUUGCCCACAAGACUCUUCUCUCUCGUCCCUUGGUUCGUCUUCACAAGCUUUCUCCAGCGCAGCAAGAUGUACAGCCAGGCCGGUUCUAUCUCCGCCGUCAUUGGGGCCAUACUGGUAUUGGGCCGAAAGGGUUUCGGCCCACCAAGCAAAUUCGCCAUAGCCAGAAUCGCCGAGACCUUCAUCGGACUGUCUUGCUCGAUAAUCGUGGACCUCCUUUUCCAACCCACGAGAGCUUCCGCUCUCUCGAAGAUUCACCUCUCUAGAAGCAUCCAGACUUUGCAAGAGUGCGUCAACUCGUUGACUUUUCAGUCAAACGCCAAACUCUCCAACUUGGACGCUAACAGAAAGAAGCUCAACAUGUGCGUUAACGAGCUAGGGAAAUUCGUUGGAGAAGCUGAGCUAGAACCAAACUUCUGGUUCAUGCCUUUUCCUAGUGAUUGUUAUGGGAAGAUAUUGGAAUCCUUGUCCAAAAUGGUCGAUCUCCUUGAUUUCUGCUCUCGUGCUAUGGGAUUUCUUGAUCAGCGAGGAAGAAUACUGAUUAAUCAGGAAAGUAUAAUCACAUCAUUGGACGGUGAUCUCGAGCUUUUCAAAGAACUUGUUGGUUCUUCCUUAAAAUAUGCUGAGGAGGUUAGUCGAAUAAAGUCGUUGGCACUUCUCGAGAAGGAGCUUGAGAAGAGCAAGACAUCGUACGACAUCGAGCUGGGGAAGUCAGGGAAGUUGUCAUUGGAUGAAGAUGAGAUUGACAAGGUUGUCGGUUCUUAUGUCCAUCAUUCGAGAGAAGUCGUUGAAAAGAUUGAUGAUGAUCGGGAGUUGAAGAGACAAAUGGUUUUAUGUUUGAGUGCUCUAGGGUUCUGCAUGAGUGGGUUCAUGAGAGAGACGAGAGAGAUUGAGGAUGCAAUCAAGGAACUUGUUCAGCGGGAGAAUCCCUCAAGCCGUGUUAAUUUGUAUGAAAUCUCGUGUAUGAUACAUGCUUUGAAGAAAUAA